CAUGCAUUCAGAGAAAGCAACCAAGAAAGCGGAAAAGAAUGAGGAGCCACUUUCACCUGCAGAGAUAAGUCUCGAAAACUACCGUCAAUUUAAAGCAAAUCCUGGUGAUAAAGUUGUGCCGUGUGUCAUAAUAAAAAGUGAUUACUAUUUGAAGUUGAUUAAACAACAAUUUCAAAAUCUUGAACUUGUUCGACUUGAGACGCCAAUUGUUUUUGAUGAAGUGAGUGGACAACGUCAUAAGCCGGGAUGGGGCUAUAAGUCUGAGGAUAAGAACACAGACAUUUCUUACGUCCCACUUACAGAAAAAGAACUGUUGACUUGUAAGAAGAUGUUUGGAUAUAUAUGGCGUGAUGGAGUGACUUUCGAGAUCGUGGAUGUGUAUUUUGGCCUGAAUGAGGAGGAUUCAAAAGUAGCAGCAGCGAAUAAAUGGAAAAAACUCAUCCACAACAAAGAUGAAGGCUGUACUGAUAGGAUUCUGUUCAACAAGGGAUGUUUCUUCGAUUCAGAGGAGGCGUUUGAGGUCACAGGGAUGGUGGCAACAUCAAAGUGGGUCACAGGGCAGCUCAAGUGGUUUACACAUAACGAAACUGGAUCUAUCUGUUCCGUCAAACCUAAGGAAUGCUACAAGUGGCUCGCUAAUUAUUUCGAACAACUCCGAGCUGCCUUACGGUCAGUUAAUGACCUUUGGCUUGGACCAGCCGUAACUAUUCAGUUAGACGACAAGGAGGGGCUAGUUAUGGCAAGACGAAAGUUGGAGAAAGUUAGCGACGAGAUGUGUGAGAUGGAAAUUGGGCUUAACGAUAAGCUUUCAAUCCUUACGGCGGAAAAUUCUAACCUGACGGCACAGAACUUUAACCUGACGGCGGAGAACGCUAAUAAUAAAGCGGAGAUUUGCAAAUUACAACUGCGUUUGCAAUCGUGGAAGAAGAAGCAACAACAGGCCAAAAAUGUGAAUCGAUUACUUCUGGUGCAGAGAGGGCGACAAAGAUCAAAUGCAGACGUUCCGUGCUUUAUUCCUGUGACCUUUAAGGUGGAUGAAGACGGAAACUUGGAUCAAGAGAACGAGCCCAACUUCGACAUAUUCAGGGAGGAAUCGGCGCAAGAUGAAGAAUCAAGCAGUGAUGAAGACGACGACGGCGUCGAGUAUGCAAGAGUCCCUACAGAUCUCAUCAACGUUGUCACGAAAGUGCUUGACCGUUCCGAAUCCUCUACCGAAACUAGUCUUAAUGGUGCUAAUCCAAAUCAGAAGACUGACCCGUGUGAUGACAAGACCGAACCUAACCGAAAAGUGUUCGUCGUAAAACUGUGUGAUUAAUUAUUUGUCAUUUUUAUACAUUACUUAAUGAACCUUUUUCGGUGCUAUUAUUAUCUAACUAUUAUAAAUUUAUGAACGUGUUGUCAUAAUAAAACAAGCAUUGAUUGUUUCAUUAUCUAUAACUAAC